AACCAAGCUAGGUUAGCUCAUAGGUUAGCCUAACCCAAAGUGAGUUUGUUAUGUAUCGCAAGAGAAUAACACAAGUAUGAGUAACGAUGUCGUAUCAGAAUUCGCCGUUUUCUACGAUGUACGAUCGGCAGGACGAUUAUGAUCUCGAUGAAGAUAAUGAAGAAUAUCUGGAAGAAGACAGAGAUGUCGUCGAGGAGCAAGAUGAAAGUGAUGAAGACACCGAGGAGGCGAGCGAAACCGAUAUGGGAAAGUCCGAAGAAUAUACAGAAAUUAAAGAACAGAUGUAUCAGGAUAAAUUAGCUAGUUUAAAAAAGCAAUUGCAGCAAUUAAAUGAAGGCACGCAUCCCGAAUACAAUCGAAAACUGAAACGACUAGAAGCACAAUAUAAAGAACGAUUGAGAUUGAACAUAAUUUAUCGAGAUUACUUGACGGAAUGGGUCGAACGUGAUUAUAUAUUGGAGAAGAAAGCAGCAGCGAAAGAGUUUGAAGAAAAAAAGAUUGACCUCAAGGAAAAUCUGCUUACUGAUAUGGAGGAAAAACGAAAAAUGAUUGAGUCAGACCGUCAAACGAUGGAACUCACAGGUGACUCCAUGGAGGUAAAACCGGUAAUGACACGAAAAUUACGCAGACGUCCCAACGAUCCAGUACCUGAAAAAGUAGAGAAACGGCGAAAACCACCUCCUGCACAAUUAAAUUAUCUAUUGGAUGAGAAAGAGAUCGAACUCGACUUAAAAGCAAUCAAUCGUGCGAAAGCGCCAACCACCAUUCGUAAACCAGUAGUUUUACCACAUUACAAUGCGGUAAAUAUUCCAUCUCAACAUAUAUCACAGCCGCCUGAGACUCCAUUGGUGGAAACUCGGAUAGAGGAUGGGAAAUUAUUAUAUGAGCGAAGAUGGUUCCAUCGUGGUCAGCCUGUCUAUGUCGAAGGCAAGGAUCUUAGUAGGUUUGCGGCGAACAUUUCCGCAAUUGGCACAGAAGUGAUCUGGGUGAAAAAAGUAUCGGACAGCAGCAAAGUACGCAUUUACACGUCGCAAUUGAGUCGUGGAAAGAUCUCCAUCAAACGACGGGCCUCCUAAUCAACUCCUCUAUUAUCCUCGGUAUCCAUUAUCAGACUUGUGAUACGUCGCGCUUAUCAUUUCUUAAAGCGAUAUUUCCUGGCAUUAAAUCAAUGAUUUUC